ACAUACGCAACAUCAUUCGCAACUCAGCUACAUGUAGGUAGCUGGCAAGCUAGGCUCUAGACGACGUCCUUCCUCGCAUAGGUGUGUGCUGCUGUUAUUGCCACAGUGCGAUCCUUCAUCGCUUCGUCUACUGAGACCUGCAACGAUGAGAAUACGACGCUCGACAGGGCUCCUUGCCCUCGCCAUGGCCACGCUGUGCCUGGUUUUCGUAUUACUACUUGCUACCACAGCCAAUGGUAUCGACCAACAGGUCAUGGGCUCCGAGGAAGAAGCUCUCAGUGAUCUGUUCGGAAACCUCGAUGGAGACCUCAAGUCCGGAUCCCAAUCUGCAGCUCAGCUUCGGCAUAGCCCCAACCCUCAUCCCCCUCCAGCGGCACCGAAGACUCCCGCGGCGGCAGGACAUUUCUGUGGAACGGUAAAGAAACAGGUGGACGUUGUCUCUCACACAGUCAAGGUCACUCGCCUUCAGCGUGAGACACACAGGAGCCUGUGCAAGGACGAGAUGACUGGGCAGAUGUAUAACUGCGUGCAAUGGAAACUACAGCCAAUAGUUGUCGCAAAGAAGGUCACUCAGCCGGUAAUGAAGGAUGUACCAGCAUGCUGCGAGGGCUGGUCUGGCGAGGACUGCACUAUUGCUAUGCCUAAAGCUGGUGUUUGCCCUAGCGCCAUAUCCGUCGACUCAAUGGAGCCGUGCGGAGUGCACUGCAGCGUGGACCGUGACUGUGACGGUGUUGAGAAGUGCUGUAACACGACGAUGUGUGGCAGUGCAUGUAGUGCCCCGGCAUCCGAGCAGGAACGAAUGCUUCCUGAUAUGGAUCCAAUGCUGGCAAAGGUGCAGCUGAUGGAGGACACAAACUCGAUGCAGGACACAAACUCAAUGGAGGACACUAACUCAAUGGAGGAUACAAACGCGAUGGAGGACACAAACCCUAUGGAGGAUACAAACUCGAUGGAGGAUGAAAACUCGAUGGAGGAUACAAACGCGAUGGAUGACUUUCUGGUUGGUCGUGCCGUGACCACACCGUUUGCUUUCAAAGCACACAUCGCCUUGUCUCAGAUGGAUAAAUCGCCGUACUACGCGCUGUGCUCGGUGUGGGGUUUCGACCAUCUCCGUGCUUUCAACAACCGCUUCGUCAACUUCACGGGUGGCUGUCAAUACACACUGGUGAAAAGCUCCAAGGUGGAUAUCGCUUACGAGAAUACGGACUCUUGCUUGAAACUCCGUUCAGCAUCCGGAUGUCAGAAGAGGCUCUUUCUUCGCUUGAGAGAAAGGAAGGAGAUCGACGUCAGUGUGUACAGAUCAGACAAUGACCUACUUCCAACUGUGCAUGUGAAGGGCCAAGAUCAGAAGAUACCCACCAAGGUCGGACAUGCCUUCUUUGAGCACAUUGGCGACUAUGUGAUUAUCUUUGGCAACAAUUGGAAGGUCCUGUUCGACUACAAGCAAGGUACCAUUCACAUCAUGUUUGCCAAGGAGAGUGUCGAUGGACUGUGCGGAAACAUGGCCGAUGAACCCGGUUAUAUUGCUGAUGACAAACUGUCCGUGUAUGAGUUGCGAUGGAAGUGGCCAUCCAGUAUCAGCUCGCCAUUUUGUUCUGCAAUUGAAACCAUCAGCUACAAGGGAGUUGACCCAUGCCAGGAUUCUCGCUUAACACCAGCACAGCGUGAUGUUGCCAGACAGCGAUGCCGAGAUCUGAACAAUACUGAAUUCUCCGACUGUCAUGCCGUCAAUCAAACCGUUCUGCCGCUGAACAAGUACAUGGAAGCCUGCGAACGUGACGUUUGCGCUGGCAUUCUGGACGGUGUGGACUCCAGACUACUGCCUUGCUCCACAGCCACUGAGUAUGCACGCCAGUGCAAGAUCUUCUGUGCAAGCGCUGCCAACAGUCUGAGCUGGCGAAGGCCUGACUUUUGUCCUGUAGCAUGUGGAAAAGAUCAAGUUUACAAGGAAUGCGACUCGACAUGUCCAAAGUCCUGUGCUGCUGUGGAUGCGACCACGCAGAGUUGCUCCGAUCACUGUAUUGAUGGCUGUGCCUGUGAUGAUCAUCUCUACGUCAAUAACAGCCUUUGCUACGACAUCAGCAAGUGUUCUUGCUCAUACAUGGGAACGCUAUACAACCCUGGCGCUUCUGUUCACCAGCGAUGCGCUACUUGCACUUGUAAUAAUGGCAAGUGGAGCUGCGCGUCACGUGAUUGUUCAGGUACCUGUUCUAUCACGGGUAACACACGCAUCAUCUCCCUGGAUGCCAAUGUCUACUACUACGCCUUCUCACAGUGCAGUUACGAAGUUGUCAAGGCAGCGGACGACUCUUUCAGUGUUGAAGUCAAAUUCUCUGCUUGCUCAGUAGCAGCUACGUCCUACUGCAUGUCUGAGGUUGCAAUCUAUUGGAAGUUAGCCACAGUGAUCAUGAAGCCGAUGAGUACUCUGGUGCGUGAGGACAACGUCACACAGAGUCCGACCUUGCCCUACAAAGGUGCUAUGGUCAGCAUCAUCAACGCCUCGUCUCACUUCCGCCGAGUAGAGAUCUCUGAUGUACACAGUCCUGACCUUGUUGUUGAAUGGAACGGAGCAGAACGUCUUUACAUCAUAGUUGCUUCGAAUUACAAGGCUCCGAGUCAGACUGCAGAGAAAAUCACUGGUCUUUGUGGGAAUUUUGACGGCGACACAGCAAAUGAUCUUCAGGGCCAAAUUCCUGAGGACUUUGGCGAUGGUCAGCGAACUGAGAAAAGUAAACUGAGCGCUGAGUGUCAGGUGGCGAAAAAACCCAGUACCUGCCCAGAUUCGGUGGAGACAUCGAAGAAAAGCUGCGGAAAGUUGCUAAAUUCUGCCAUGAUCUUUGGCAAGUGUUGGAAUGUGGUGCCACUGUUUGGAUCAGCGUACGGCAACUUGAUUACGAAGUGCGAGCAAGAUGUGUGCAGGUGUCCCGAUCAAGCUCUGGCUAGUGUUAUCCCGGGUCAAUCCUGCCUGUGCCAGAGCUUGGCUACCUAUGCACAUCUGUGUGCGUUGAAUGGAGUCCGUCUCGACUGGCGGCUACACUUCCCUGCGUGUAGAAUUGACUGUCCAGCAAAGCAGCGCUACAAGGAAUGCGGUCAGCCCUGCCCUAGCACAUGCCCAAUGAUGCUCAAGUCACAAGAAGCACUCUGCAACAAAACUGAAUGUCUGGAAGGUUGUGAGUGCGAGCCAGGAUUUGUCCAUGACCAAACACCACAUGGAGCAUGUGUGACACCAUCGGAGUGCUCAUGUGUUGACAAUAACGAAGCAUACAAAUCAGGCAGCAUCAAAGUCAAGGACAUGGACACUGGUGUGAAUAAGUGCACGUGUAAGAACGGAGGAUGGGAUUGUGUACCAUACGUUGCCAGUCAGCUGAACUGCACGGAUGGUAAGGUGCACAAGGUGUGUGUCUCGCCGUGUGAAGCCACCUGCGCCAACCAGAACCCGACACACUGUGCAAAGAGCAAAUGCACAGAUCGCUGCACGUGUCCCGAUGGCUACUUUCAAGUCAGUGACAAGAACACAACCUGUGUCAAGCGCGACCAGUGCCCGUGUGUGUUUGGAGCGAAGCAGUUUGCAUCCGGCUUUGUCUAUCCCCUUAGCUGUAAUAACUGUACUUGCACAAAUGGAGCUUGGGACUGCACCAAGAGCAGCUGCAGAGGAUUCUGUGCGGCAACGGGCGAUCCCCAUUACGAGACGUUUGAUGGCCUCCGCUACAGCUUCCAAGGUCAAACAAAAUAUGUGCUGGCGCAGUAUCUGAAGGAGUUCAUGAUCCUGGCGGAGAAUGUGGACUGCGGUGAGGAUGGUGUGACGUGCACCAAGUCAGUUCAGAUUCACCUUGCACCGUUCAACAGCACGGGACAUGUGAUUGAGCUGGAUCAGAAGUUGAAAGUACAAGUUGAUAAUGUGCCUGUCAGCCUGCCAUAUGAUAUCUGUACUGCCAGAAUCAUGUACAACAAUCUGUUUGUCGUAGUUGAGGACGAGGCACGGAAAUUCAAGGUGUCCUGGGAUGGUUCAAUGCGUGUAUACGUGGAAGUAGAUCCUUGCUACGAGGGACAGAUGGUGGGUCUGUGUGGUGACUUUGAUGGAGACGCUAGUAACGACCUCAAAUCAAGAAGUGGAAUCGUCGAGGCUAAUGUCUACGCCUUUGGCAACUCCUGGAAGGUGGAUUCAAACGCACUGGACACACCGUUCCAGUACAAUUCAACUUGCGACUUGAAGGGUGGUCUUCGCCGUCUUGAGGCGAAGGCGAUCUGUGAAGAGGCACUGCGGUCGCCGGUAUUCGCUGCGUGUCGCGAUGUGAUCGACGUUGCUUACUAUGUGGAUAGGUGUAUAGAAUCAACAUGUGCCUGUGACAAGCCGGGAGAUGAUCGCUGCAAGUGCACCUCCAUAGCCCACUAUGCCCACAUGUGUGGCCGCAAGAACCUCUGCAUCAAGUGGAGAGAGCAGUUUGGAUGCCCUAUGCAGUGUACAGGUACAGCCGAGUAUGACGCAUGCACCUGCCCAAACCGUUGUCCCGGCACCCGGGAUAAAUGCACACGCAUGGAAUUCCACGAAGGCUGUACAUGUCCUGUCGGAGAGGUAUACAAUGGCGUCGACUGUGUUCCGUGUCCGACUUGUGUUCAUAACGGAUCCCCCGUCAGCGUGGGUUACACCGACAAUGGACAGGAAUGCCUGUCUGGCCACAGUGACAUGACUGCAGUAUGCCCUGUUCCUCCCGGUCCCCAGUGCUGUCGGACGGACACAUGCGUUGCUAACAUCACAUGCGAUCGUUGCUACACACCUUCGCUGCUGGAUAAGGAGCCUGGGAAAUGCUGCAGAUUCUCUUGCAAGAAGAACUGUACGGAUAACUAUGGCUGCCCUGACCGAAUUAGUCCGCAGAGCGGCAGCAAGUGCACACCAGCCAAGAAGAGAAUCACUACUGCAUGCUGCGUAACAGAGAGUUGCGACUGUCCGAUCAAACCUGGGUGUGCAGCAUGCCAGUAUCAAAAAGUCAAAACGACAUGGGAUGAGGCAACAUGCUGUUAUACCUACAACUGUGAGUGCGACUUGACAAAAUGUCCGGCUUUUAAGCAGAGUCACCAGAAUCAAAUCAGCCAGGGUCUGCAAAGUCACCAGAAUUUGACACGGCAAACAUGCUCUCUGGGCCAAUGUCAUGGAACCAACAGCAACACCAGUCUAUCGUGUAGCAGCUGCUGCAGCUCGUCUGUGGACAUACACGAAUGUUAUUGUGACACGAGGUGUAGCGACACGUGUCGCCCUCACAACUGCGGAAAGUGCCAAAUCGUUACAGAAACGGCUGCUUCAAUGAUUGGAACCGAUUGUUGCCCUACCUACACAUGUACCGACCUUGGACCCUCCUAUCCAAACUGUACAGUGCCCUCAUGUGGCCAGUGCGAUGACAAGUAUGCAAAGCUGAACAGCACGGCAGGUUUAGAUGAAGAAUGUUGUCCACAGUACGACUGUGUCUGUGAUCAGGCGAAGUGCACAGAAGCAGCAACUCGCUACAAAGGAAGCAAUAUACUGCCAAGUGGACAGUCUUAUGACGACCGAACACAAUCAGGCGUCGGUGUUUGCAACAAGAGUAAGCAAGAAAACGUGACAACAGAUUGUGGCUGCUGUACUGUGCCUAUCUACGAACCUGAAUGCUGCAGCGAGACUUGCCCAACUAAGCAUUGUUCUCAAAAUUGUCCAAGACAAGAACUGGUGAGAGUGCGCAAUGCUACAAUGAAUGGAACUGACUGCUGUCCGGAAGACACGUGCGUGGACAAGCCAGUUCCUCUGUGCAACUCUUCCUGUUGUGACCUAGAGGAUGUGGAGAUUCUUGACGGCGCUGUCAAUGCCACAGAGUGCUGUAACAUAACGCGCUGUCAGUGCAAUAGUGCAAAGUGUGGCAGUGCAAAGGACGGCUACAAACUGCAGAAUCCUGGGAUCUACAAUAGUUCUUACAAGUGCAAGCAGGGCUUUUGUCUGGUAGAGAACAAAACGAUUUCAUUGUCGCAAGGCUGUCCUGACUGCUGCAAAAUAACUACGUAUUUUUGCAUUAAUGCCAACUAUCAUGAACCUUGCAAGAACGGCACCUUGACAAGCUGUCCGUGUGAAUUGGAGGAGCUUGUUACUGAAUACUCCGACUCUUCAUGCUGUCCCACAAAAACAUGUAAGUGUAACACUACUAGCAGUGAUUGUAGUACUAAGCAGAGCGCCUUCAUGCAGAGCCAUCCACCAAACGACACUUUCCGUUACAACUCCAGCGCUACAUGUCAAAAGGGUGGUGUUAUAGUAUAUAGUCAUGCCCGGCCUGUAUCAGCGGAUGGAUGUGGAAAGGACUGCUGUCCUCUACUGAACAUCUAUAAGUGCGAGUGUAAGAAUGAUACAUGCCACAUCGCGGAUCAAAAGCAUCAAAAACACCAGAAGUGCACAAAUGCGGGUGGAGUAUGGAGAGUUGACCAAGUAGCCAGCAACAGCUAUCCUGACUGUUGCGCCAACUGGACUUGUGGUUGCAACUGCAGCGAUUGUGUUAACGAGACGUGUAGCCCGUGCUACAAUGCAACGUAUAGUUUGGGUGAAUGUUCAAGCAGUUCGUAUGUGUACAACCAUGGCUUCAAGAACUGCUGCUCUACGGUGGACUGUGGGAUAAAGAUUGACAAGUGCAGAGGUGAACCACAAAUUCCUAGUGACUGUCCAAUCUUUCAUAAGUUUGUAACAGGUGUUGAAGCCAAUGGCUGCUGUAACAGAUGUGAACCUAUUUGCAACACGUCCACUUGUGACGAUUGCCCUCGCACUCCGCCGUCCCUCUUAUCACGUAGGUGUCAAAAUAUGACAACAAUACUAGGCCAGUGCAGCAACAGCACAACAUCUCCAGCAUGCUGUGAUGUACACGCUAUAGUAAACCGAACCUGCCCUUCAUUGACAUGCAACAGCUUGAACUAUGAAACAAAGACAGUCGCCAACUACACUGACGACAUCUGUUGCUCAACGUGUGAGUGUGACUGUAAGGCCUGCCCUGCUCCACCACCAUGUUUGGAGUGUGAAUCAGCUGAGAUUGUCAGCGAUGGGUUCUGCCGUGAUCCGUUAUCACCCUUCCCUGGCAAAUGUUGCCCAGAAUACAAAUGCAAGUGCACUGAUGCCAAGUGUAGCGCUACCAAGCAGAAGCAUCUCAUUGACUAUGGCCGUGCUUUGAACCAGAGCAAGUCUUGCCCUCAGGGAUUCUGUCCAGAGUUCUUCCCGCAAAACUGUUCAGACUGCUGCACGUACAAUCCUUACGAAUGCCUCCCAGUCAAGGAUAAAUGCAAUAUGACUCAAAAGACCUGCUGUAAGGCAAUGCAAUCCGUGAUGGUGUACGACGGCUCUAUUUCGGAGUACAACAGCUCUAACUGCUGUCCAAGCUUCGCUUGCAAAUGUGUGAAUGAUACCACUUGUGCUGGACUCCGGUCACAGCACGUCAAGCAGAAUACAAACACGGCAAAACACUAUGAUCAAAAUUUCCAGUGUAAUACUGUAAAUACUAGUUUAAAGCUUGAAUCGAUCGGUUUUGAGUCGGUGUUCAACGAGUCGUGCACGAAUGAUGCUGGGUCACCGUGCUGUACAGUGGAGGCUUUCCAGUGUGUGUGCAACUGUAGUGACUGUGCAGCAACUCCGUCUUGUGCAGGAUGCGACGAUCCGUGGAGGGUGUUAAAUCCUGCUACCAAGGGGAAGUGCAACAAUUCCGCCUCCGCUGCACACUGUUGUGAUAAGUACACCUGCAAGUGCAAAUCGCCACCCACCAGAAAUUGCUCGGACUCUAAACUUAAAAACAGCAAGUGUGGCUGUCCGUACCAAGAGUGUGACACGUCCCAGGAUAAGCCUGUCGACUGCUGUUGCGGAACAUUGGUGGUGGAAAAGAAUGGAACUGGUACUCCCUGUAACUGCUUUGAUAAGAAAUUCUGUGCCAAAAGAAGUUGCCCUGUCACAUUUCCUCUUGAAUCUGGUGAAAGCGUUGACAAAUACUGUCCUCCUGGAUUCAACGGCAAAGAAACAAAGUACUCAUCGGAUUCUUGCUCGGCAACAGAUUGCCAGGGCUGUGGAGCUUGCAGCUGCAAACCUUGCACAGACGUGGCCCAUUCUAUAGACAUGUGUAACGGCGCUCCUGGAUGCAUCACCGUGAUAAACGAAACAGCUGAUCACCAUCGGACGAUUAUUCCGAGUACAAACCUUACAGUACCAUACAACUGCUGUAUAGCUUAUCCAAUCUGCGACAUCGUCAACUAUCCGUGCCCCACAUGUGACAGUUGUAACGAAACGGUAGUGACAAAGAAUGCCACUGGCGAUGCACGGAAAGGAGAAUGCUGUCCAGAGAUUAGCUGUAAACCAUUAGACUGCGGGCUAAAAAAACCACCGCCUGUUACACCUCCAACAACAUGCAAUACAGAAUACAAUGUGACCAUUCAUACUUACGAUGCCUGUUCUGAUACGCAGCAACAUAGAUGCUGUGGCUGUCUCAAAACUGUGACGAAUGUGUCAUCUUGUGAGUGUCAAAGCAAGAACUGGACUCUAGUGCCGGACAACUGUGCUAAUGGGACGUGCUGUCAGAACUUCACCUACAUAUUUGAAUGCAACGGAACAGUGCAAUACAAGUAUGAGGUCAACCCUGAAUGCGAGAAAAACUGCUCGGUGUUGAGUCUGCAAGUAUGCAACAAUGGUUGCUGUGUGUGUAAACCAAAGCCAAUAUGUAACCACAUUCUAAUCUACCAUCCCGACACACCAAGAUAUGAAUUCAAGCAAUGCCAUAUCUACCUGAAGGAGCAGGGCUAUAACGCGUCUAUCUGUAACAGAGCACAGGAAUACGGUGCGCAGGCAGGCUGCAACGUCUCUCAAGUGUGCCCAGCAAGUCAAGACAUGCUAGGAACGCCGAAUUGUACAUAUAAUACAACGAUGGUGAAUACCACUGAGUGCUGUCAGGAGAGGUGGCAUUGUACCAACGAGUCUUGUGCAGUUGCGCCAGGUGUCCCCUGCUGUACGCCACAGCUCCCAACUUGUCUCACAUGUGAAUAUCCGGUCAAAAAAACUGAUGCCAACAACUGCCCAUCGUAUAAAUGCGUUCGAGUUCCAGCACCAACUCAACCACCACAGUGUCCUUGUAAUAACACGGAGCCUCAGGUCAAUGGAAGAACUCCAGAUGGGUGCCACGAUAAGUUUUCUUGCGGGUGCAAGAGGGUGAAUGUAAGCUUGCCUUCAACAUGCUGUCCACCGGGACAUAAGAUGACACAGACAGUGGUGGAGUCCCCCGACAAUUGCACAUGUCAAUAUUCCAACUACACAUGUGAGCCAGUGUGCCCAUACAACAGCACUUGUAGGAGCCACACUGACUACAAUGAAAUGCCGGAAGUGUGCGUUUUGGACAGCCCCGAUUGUACUAGACAGCUUCAGUGUAAGCCAUCCCUGUGCCCUCCACCUCCGCCUUGUUACUCACCGAAAAUUCUUAACACAACUUUUGUAUCACCUCUCAUUCCGUCCGGAGAAAACUGUAGCUGCUGCAACGUAACAGAAUGCGUGUGUCCACUAAAUUGCAGUGCCGUCAAUAAGACAUGCGAUGACUGCAAUAAGACGUUGGUGAUCACCAAGAAUGAGUGUGGCUGUGAUGAGGGCAAAUGUGUUGACAAAUGCUCAGUGGUAAAGUGCCCGCCACUUUCCUGUCCACAGGCUGAUCGCUACACAGCACCAGGUGACUGUUGUCAGGCUUGUAAAGCACCAUCAUGCCCAGUGUGCCCGGCCAUACCAGCGUCAUGUGCAGCCACGACACCCUACAGUACUACACCCAUGCCAUCAACAAACUUGGUAGGAUAGUUGGAUGACUGUGCAUGAGUUCGUGGUAUGCCGAGGAGAGUCUGAGCAAACACCCACCCCUACAGGUAUUCCUCUGUGGAAUCAUAGGUUGAUCGCGGCGGCCUGACCGCCUGACCGGCUACAGUUCUACAUGUACAAUGAUGAUGAUCAUGUUUCUCACAGCCCAGUCCUGCCACGUCUUUUGUAAGUUGUGUUGCAUCCUGAAACCUUGUAUCUGUUCACUCCCUACAAUCCCCAUCCCUACCAUCAUUCGCAUUCUGCUGAGUCUUAGUCAAGUUGUACGCAAGCAGUGCUCACUCCAUUUGUUUUGUUUUGCCUGCAUAGAACUCUAGUCGCAUGUGCCCGGCAGCUUUGUGAUGUUGAACAGCAUUUACUGGUGUUCCUGUGCUUGGCAACGUGCAGUUCUCAGUUUGAUGUUGCUUGCUGCAUAUGGCUUGUUCUCAUGCAAAUGCCGCUACCAGAAUAAUAUAUAUAAACUUGUUUUUCUCCUGCAAGUGCCUGCAAGAAAAUGUUUGUGUUUGCUAGUGCUGCGCCGUCUUAUUGUUAGACAUUGGUGCAUUCGCAGUCCAAUUGCCUUCUUUUGAUUUUGCACGCAACAUACUUCGAAGUAAUGAAGUAAUUUAUACUCAA